AUUUUAACUCAGCAUUUUGAACUUUGUUAAAUUCGAAGUGAAACAUUGUGUGAUCUGCAGUAAAAUAUGUCCUUAGACAGUUCUUGGGCCAAGGACUCAGUUACUUCUGUUUCUGGCCCCAGUGGUAAAAUGAGACCUCACUCUGGAAUACCACCAACAAAAACUUUACCUCAAAUGAGCAAAGAUAGGACAAAAUCUGCUACCAGUAGAAGCGUUAGGUCGAAAUACACACUUAUGGAGAAUUCCUUGCCUCAGCUCAGUAACAAACCUAAAAUGAGUAUUUCUAGACACAAUAAAAGUCAAGAAACUAAUGAUAGUUUGUCUGCUGCAGACGAGGGACGUAUGAAAGAUAUCUUAUUCGUGAGGAAAAUGUUGGUGAUGAACAAGAAGCAAGAACUUUUGCUGAGCAAGCGUCUUGCAAACUUGUUGGAGGAAGAGGAUGAAACUAAAAAACUUGAGCAGAGAGAAAAGAGUACAAAGCUGAAAAGGAACCCAUCCCAUAUUAAGCUAUUAGCUAAGUAUGAAAAUAAUACUUGCGACCACAUUGGUGAAAAUACAAUUCCUGAAACGCACAGUAAAGGAGUUCCUAUUGAAGAUGAGGUAUCCGUAGAUGAGAAAACUACAUUAAUAAACAAGACAGAGAAAAAAGACCCGAAUGACACACCAAACAAAACAGCAGCAGCUAAGAAAAUGCAGUAUGACCUAAAUGGUAGGAGAAUCUACUAUUAUGACGACCUUGAAGAUGAAAGAAAAGAUGAUGAGUUGAAUUUAGAUAAAAUCCCAAUACAUUUUAACGAGUAUUCUGAGAUCAACAAAACACCUGUUAACCCAAAAAAGAAACAGUUUAAAAAAUCAGCCACUUACAUUAAAAAACAUGGCAGUUUGGAAAGGAAACCAAUGUCCAAGGAUCAAUUGAAAGUCAGAAAAGAAGGUGGAAAUUUUAAAGAUUGUAACGUGGAAAAUUCGUUGGGAAUUUCUUUAAACUCUGGAUCUGGUGGGGAUGGAAAAAACGUACAAACUAUAGUUGUCAAUUGUUCCACGGUUGUUAAAAGCUGCUCAACACCGAAGAAGAAUCUUAAGGUUUGGAAUUAUGAAAGACUUUCAGAUUCAAGAUGUGAGAACCGUGGGAAUAGUGAAAAUGUUUUGUCUGAUGACAGUAAACAAAACAGUGAAACAUUGAGAAACAAAAGGUCAAAUAGACCACUCAACUGUGAUCAAUAACUUUCAAAAUGGAGGGAGAAAUAAUCCAUAACUGUAGGUAAUAGAGUAGCUGAAACGAAUCAAAUUUUGAAAAAAAUGCACAGAUACCAACU